UGUCUGGAGCCUGGGGCUGCAGAAGCGGCUGUGGCGGCGGCACGGCGCGGGCACCGGCCCGGGGAGCUGCACCAUGAGCGGAUCACAGAACAAUGACAAAAGACAAUUUCUGCUGGAGCGACUGCUGGAUGCAGUGAAACAGUGCCAGAUCCGCUUUGGAGGGAGAAAGGAGAUCGCCUCAGAUUCUGACAGCAGGGUAACCUGUCUGUGUGCCCAGUUCGAAGCUGUCCUGCAGCAUGGCUUGAAGAGGAGUCGAGGAUUAGCGCUCACCGCGGCAGCGAUCAAACAGGCGGCAGGCUUCCCCAGCAAAACCGAAACAGAGCCCGUAUUCUGGUACUAUGUGAAGGAGGUGCUCAACAAGCACGAGCUGCAGCGCUUCUACUCCCUGCGCCACAUCUCCUCGGACGUGGGCCGAGGCCGCGCCUGGCUGCGCUGUGCCCUCAACGAACACUCCCUGGAGCGCUACCUGCACAUGCUCCUGGCCGACCGCGGCAGGCUCAGUGCUUUUUAUGAAGACUGUUCUUUUGUGAUGGAUGAAGAAAGGUCUAGCAUGCUUCCUACCAUGGCAGCUGGUCUGAACUCCAUCCUCUUUGCAAUUAACAUUGACAACAAGGAUCUAAAUGGACAGAGUAAGUUUGCCCCCACCGUCUCGGACCUCUUAAAGGAGUCAACGCAGAACGUGACCUCCUUGCUGAAGGAAUCCACGCAAGGGGUGAGCAGCCUUUUCAGGGAGAUCACAGCCUCCUCUGCCGUCUCCAUCCUCAUCAGACCUGAACAGGAGACCGACCCCCUGCCCGUCGUGUCCAAGAACGUCAGUGCCGAUGCCAAAUGUAAAAAGGAGCGGAAGAAGAAAAAGAAGGUGACCAACAUCAUUUCAUUUGAUGAUGAGGAAGACGAGCAGAACUCUGGGGAUGUUUUUAGAAAGGUCCCUGGCGCAGGAGAGAGCUCGGAGGAGAACUCGGACCGCUCCUCUGUCAACAUCCUGUCGGCCUUUGAGAGCCCCUUCGGGCCCAAUUCCAACGGAAGUCAGAGCAGCAACUCAUGGAAAAUUGAUUCCCUGUCUUUGAAUGGGGAGUGUGGGUACCAGAAGCUCGACGUGAAAAGCAUCGACGACGAAGAUGUGGAUGAAAACGAAGACGAUGUUUAUGGGAACUCAUCGGGAAGGAAGCGCGGGGGCCAUUCAGAGUCGCCUGAGAAGCCGCUGGAUGGGAACACCUGCCUCUCCCAGGUGCACGGCUGGGCUCCGCUGCAUGUGCUGCACGGUGACUCUGACAUCCUCUUCCCCGUCAGUGGAGUGGGCUCCUACAGCCCAGCAGAUGCUGCCCUCGGAAGCCUGGAGAACGGGACGGGACCAGAGGACCACGUUCUCCCAGAGUCUGGGCUUCGGUACAGCGUGGAAGCAAGUUCUCCAGGCCAAGGAAGUCCCCUGAGCAACCUGUUACCUUCUGCCUCGGUGCCAGAGUCGAUGACAAUCAAUGAACUGCGACAAGCCAUCGUGGCCAUGAUGAAUAGGAAGGAUGAGCUGGAAGAAGAGAACAGAUCACUGCGGAACCUGCUCGACGGUGAGAUGGAGCACUCGGCCGCGCUCCGGCAAGAGGUCGACACCUUGAAAAAGAAGGUGGCGGAGCAGGAGGAGCGGCAUGGCAUGAAGGUCCAGGCGUUGGCCAGAGAAAACGAGGUGCUCAAAGUCCAGCUGAAGAAAUAUGUAGGAGCUGUCCAGAUGCUGAAAAGAGAAGGUCAAACAGCUGAAGCGGUGCCAAAUCUUUGGAGUGUUGAUGGAGAAGUUACAGUAACUGAACAGAAGCCGGGAGAAGUUGCCGAAGAACUAGCCAGCUCCUACGAAAGGAAGCUCAUCGAGGUGGCGGAGAUGCAUGGCGAGCUGAUCGAGUUCAACGAGCGCCUGCACAGAGCCCUGGUGGCCAAGGAAGCCCUCGUGUCCCAGAUGAGGCAGGAGCUCAUCGACCUCCGGGGACCGGUGCCUGGAGAUUUGAGUCAAACAUCCGAAGACCAGAGUUUGUCGGAUUUUGAAAUAUCAAACCGGGCGCUCAUCAACGUCUGGAUCCCCUCAGUGUUUCUCCGGGGCAAAGCGGCGAAUGCAUUCCACGUGUAUCAGGUCUACAUCCGGAUAAAAGAUGACGAAUGGAACGUCUAUCGGCGGUAUACGGAGUUCAGGAGUUUGCACCACAAGUUACAAAACAAGUACCCUCAAGUGAGGGCCUGCAACUUCCCGCCCAAGAAGGCCAUCGGAAACAAGGAUGCCAAGUUCGUAGAGGAACGAAGAAAGCAGCUCCAGAAUUACCUGCGCAGCAUCAUGAACAAAGUCAUCCAGAUGGUCCCCGAGUUCGCUGCCAGCCCCAAGAAAGAGACUCUGAUCCAGCUGAUGCCCUUCUUUGUUGACGUGACCCCUCCCGGAGAGCCACUGAGCAAGAAUAGCCGGCCCAAAGCAGCUUCCCGCUUCCCCAAGCUGUCCCGAGGGCACCCCAGGGAGACACGCAACGUGGAGCCCCAGAGCGGCGACCUCUGACCUCGAUGGAACCCCAGACGUGGGCCCUUCGUGUGGCCCCAGCUGCCUCCACCCUGCCAUGGCAGCCGGCCCCUCCCACCUCAGAAUGACGACCACAUCUGCCCAGUGAACCCCAGAGAGCACAGCUGUCACACGACACCCCAAUUAAACUGAGUCUCAGAGCAAGGCUGCUACUCGCUGGACCGAGUCGGACACACGGUCACUGUUCCCCCAGGGUCUGCCCGGGACACGGUGGCCAUUCGUCCUCCAGCUCAGGGGCCCGCAGCAGGGUGGGCGCCAGCCCGGGCGAGGUGCCCGGCGUGAGAUGCACAACUCCAACGCCGCACGUCCGACGGGUCCUUCGGGCACCGCCGCUCGACUCUUGCCCGCGUGGGAAUCAGCACGACUCUUUCUCUCUCUCCGCUUUUUACGUUCCUGCCGGCACAGCCUGGGGCCGGGGGAUGGUCUGUUCCAUUUCUCUGCAGCAACAGCGACAACACAACACACCCGGCCGUGUCACCACCUCGGCCCUCCAGGGGGAGACGCGGUCCUCCGGCCUCGCCCAGGAGCCCUUAGUAAGUUUCACUUUGGUUCCCAGAGAACCUCCCCCUAUACCUCCCCAGGGCUGCUUCCGGAAGGACCAGUCACCUAGGCCCACGUGCACCUUUGUCAGGCUUGGUGGGGACUCGGACAUCCUGCCCAGCUGUCAGCAGCAACCCCCACAUUACCUGUCCUGAAAUCAUUGACCCUGACCUCACGGUCACGAGAGACUUGGUUCUAGAACCGCCGCGGAAGGUCCCGUGGGUUUUCAGACCCAGCUCCAGCUCUGCGACCUUGGACACAGCGUGUGCUCCGGGCAGAUCAUGUUCACCGACCCCCACCAAAGACGCACGUCUGUGCUCCCCUGCCCAGGCCCCGGCGGGCUCUCACUGGGACCGGAAUCCCGCGUACCCCCGAGAUGGAUUUGUCUGUCCCUCCCGUCUCAGAGCCCGGGUGCCUGGACAGGUAGCGCAGUGGCCCCCAAAGCUCCUUCUCUUCCUCCUCCAAGCCCACGUCGGAGUGCCUCGAAGGACCGGGCCAGUGGCUGGUUUCACCCCCCAGGAUUCUGGGAACUGUCUCCUUCCCUACUCACGAGCUGUCCUCAGAUGCUGAGUUAUGACGAGUUUGCAGUUUCUGGGGACUAUUAAGAAACUAGAUAGGACGUUGUGAAAUAGACUACGCAGGACGAAGUGGUGUUGCACCGUGACCCGGGGCUGAUGGAGCCACGUGGCAGUAGACGCGCUCGGCCCGGGACUGCUCCAGCUCACUGGCUCAACCGUGGCUAACCACCGAGGUGAGCACGGGCCAUUUCCUAGCUAGAGAAAACCUAGACAGAAUCACCUGGAAGGUUUACGCUGCAUAUAUUGCCCUUGUAGCCACAAGGAAACUGAUUCAGGGCAGUUAAGGAAAAAGCCGAGAUAAUUUACACACCACCCUACCGACCAGGAGGUGGCCGGAAUAACUUCUGAGGGGGCCUUGGGCCAGGAGAGCCACCAUGGCCAGGUGUGGCAGAAGGAGCCUGAGACACGUCUGGGUGCCACGUGGGGACACCCUGUUUGCACCACUCUUUUCUGAUCAUGCAGGAACCUUGGAGUUAAUGCCAAGUAUGGAUCAUCCCCUCUCAUCUUGGCUCAGAUGUGCAUGUGACAGGCACACGUCAGCAACUCCCCAAAGCCUUAACCUUGGAAUCACAUAGACUGUUCUGCAAUGACUUAGUCCAUCCCACUGCUCACAAUCCUCCUGCCCUGCUCGCUGGUGUGGCGAGAGGGACCUCCCAGUUCCUGCAGGAAGAAGGCAGAAACGCCUGGGUCCACAGCAAGGUCAAGGCUGGGACCUGGAGCCCAAAACACGACCCCCUGGAGACGUGUCAUCCUCUGCCACUCAGCCCCGUGACCUCUCAGUGGGAAGGGCCCACUGUACCCCACUCAUGCAAAGACUCUUUGGGACCUCUAGUGCUGGUAUCUGAGAAAGGACCCCCCCAUUCAGAAAGAAACCAAAGGGGCCCCCCUCUCCCUAGAGGGCCUUGUCCAUCUAGGACUCCUGUAUGGGAGGAGGAAUCGUCUUCGUGGCCAGAACAGAACGUCACCAGUUGUGUGCUCUGCCAUCGUCUCAUUUCUUUCUUCUCCCCCAGAUAAGACUCAGGAGAGGAGGGGCUGGGCAGAGAUUUGUCUCCUUAGAAGAGACCUAGAGCUCCCAGGCAGGAAGGUCAAGGAUGGUGUGAACCAACCCCGACCACCUCCUGGCCUGGGAGCAGAGCUGCCCGGCGGUUCUCCCUGGAGUUCCAGCUCCUCCGAAUCUCCCUCGGAGGCACACACCGCUCCCGUGAGCAGGGGCACAAGGCGGAGCUGGCUUCAAAGCACCUGCUGCGGGCCCUGGGCGAGGGAGGAACUUUCACGGAAAAGGCGUCACAGCCCAGGGUGGCAGCCACCUUAACAUCUACCAACCAGCCCAGCCAGGGGCCUCCUGGUCACCCAAGGGACCACUGAUGGGGUGUGAAGAGAACAACGCCUCCCGCGACCCAGGAAGCCGCGUGAACCCAGGGGAGGGUGUGGACUAGGUCUCGUCACAGCCCUCGGCUCUGCCCCAGGCCUUGGCGCUUUCUAAGAUGGAUUCUUUGAUAACCACUGCAUUCUAGAGCAGUGGCAGGUUCCAUGUUGUGCUUUGAAACCAGACGCAAUCGAAAGCCGUGUCCCCCCAGCCAGCCCACUGAUAACACAGCUGUCGCAGCUGCCGACGGGCACUGGGGGCCCAUUGAUAACUCCCAGGGUUUGGGCUCAGAGUCGGAAACACAGUGAAGCCCCACCCAGUCCGGCCAGUUGGCGAGACGCAGCAUGGCCUGCCCGGAAGGCUUGUUUCCUAACCCCCGAAGACCAGGUCUGGGCCUCCCUGCCCAACCUGCCCCUGCCCCCGCCCCCCUGGAGGUAUAGCUCCCUCUAUGCCUCCCAGAGCCCCCGACUAGCCCCUCUCUGGGGUCCUGGCCAGAACCUCCCAGCCACCUCGGAGUCUGUGCUUGCUCAGCCAGGCUCCUGUGUGUGGGCACCUUGGCACAUAACUAAUGGCAGAGAAAGGGCUGGAUUUUCGGCGCCCAAGACCUGCCUGCUCCCCCCAACCCCAUCACGCUGGCUAGGAGGCAUCCCCAGAAGGGGUGGCCUCAGCCGGAGUUUCAACCCCAAAGGCAAUAAUUGUCUUGACUUUUCCUCGGUGUUUCCCUCGGGACAGUGCCAGGCAGCCUGGAGGCUGCGACUCGGCAGGCACAGGCUGCUUCUGAGCAAGGUCUAUUGUAACGAACUUUUCAAAAUAUUGUGCAUUAUUUCAUUAAAGCUAACAUGAAAUAUUUGCUGCUUAGAUUGGCUUCUGUGCUAAUUUUGCACAAUUGUAGCACUGUAUAUUUUAUCUAACAUUUCUGUGCCAAAAAGUUCAUUUUAAUGUUUCUGUAAUACAUGGUCUUGAUUAUGUUUCCAAAAUAAAACCUCAGCUACUGGGUCAAUAGGACUGCAGGCUCGGCCGGGGGCCGGGGGAGGGGGUGGUCCCACGGUUCCCGCAGGGCCCCUGCCCGGCUCCCCUCGAGUAUUUCUCACUUUGGCCAUGAGCCAUUGCCACGUUGUGGGCCUGAUUUUGGUAGCUCUGAACUGUCACGGAGCCCUUUUGUCCCUCAAUCCUCACAACCAAAUUGAAUGGGCUUCCUUACACCUAUUUUCUGUAGAAAAGGAAAAAAAAAAAACAAACCGAAAAAAAAAACCACUUUCCUAAAAGAUUGACCUUGUAACACAGAUGAGUGUCCCCACUAGAAGAUGCUAGAUUCAUCGGUGUUCUGAGGUCCGGGGGUUCUGUUCUUACUGGUGCGUAAAUGUUUUCUCGUCCUGAUUGGAAAGCCGCUGGCUGCCUCACCCCGGCCACCACCCUGCCCUGGAACGUGCCCAGCUCAGCUCUGCUUCCUGCCCCCGUGAACUGCCAGGGCCACACACUCGCCUUUGAGGGUUCUUUUCACCAUCAGUACAGGACACGGGGUGCCCUGCAAAACUUGGGGCUGAGGACACAGGACACAGGGAUUGCACAUUUGCAACCAGAGAGACUAGGAGCUCAAAGGAGCCCAGAGACCAUGGAUUCCGAGGAAGCAGCAGGUGGGCUGCAGCUAAUGGGGAGUUUGGGAUUCAACCUGGAAGGAGCGCCCGCUUCCGCAGCCUGUCCCCAGCCCUGGUAUAGCUGUCGGGUAGAGGGCUUGGCCCAACUCAUCCAACACUGACGUCUGGUGGGGGGGGGGGGUCUUCCGAAUGCAGGGGAGGGGGUGACCCCAGCUUGGAGGCGCCUGGUCAGAGUUACAAUCCGGUCCCAGUGAGCCGUCUGUGACAGGGUCAGAAGGCCACGGGCCCGUGGUCUACACUGGUCUGUGUGUAAAUAGCCCGCGAGUCCGCAGACGCACUCCGACAUGUGUAGUGUUACCUUAACUGUCCUCUUAUGUUACAGUUUACACGAUAGGAUUUUUAAACAAAUGUGUUUAAUUUUCUAAGAUCUCUUGUAUUAAAAUUUUCUUUUGGAAUAAGCUGUGGUAAUUUUGUUACAAUCUGGUUGAGAUAAACCUCCUUACAAUGACAAAAUAAAACUGGUGACAUUUUAUAAAUUAG